AUGCAAGUGGCGUCCCUCCGCCGAAUCAAGAUCUCUCGAGUGGCGUGCGGGUGGAGCCACACCGCGGCCAUCUCUGCCAAGGGGUUGCUGUUCACGUGGGGCAUGGGUCGCUACGGACGCCUGGGACACGGCGACGAGACCGAUCAGAACGCGCCGCGCCUCGUCGGGGAGCUACUCAACACCAACAUCGUCGGCGUGGCCCUGGGCGAGCGCCACACCGCCGCCUUCUCAGAGACGGGCGAGCUGUACUCGUGGGGCGACGCCAACUUCGGCGUUCUUGGCCACGGUGAGCUGCAGGAGGGAGAUCCGCAGAUUCAGACCACCCCCAAGCUCAUCGAAUACCUCUCCCGGGUUCUUCGCAAGAAGGUCACCCACGUCGCGUGCGGCGCCUACCACACCCUUUGCACCACUGCGGACAAGCUGACGUACAUCUGGGGCGAUGGCGGCCACGGCGUGCUGGGCCAAGGCGGCGACUUUGGGCGUACCAUCGAAUGGACCCCGCAGUCCAUCGGCGCUCUGGCCGGGCGCGGUGUCCAGCAGAUCGCCUGCGGCUGGGCGCACUGCGCCGUACUCAUGGACACGGGCGAUCUGUAUACGUGGGGCGAGGGUGCCGGCGGGCGACUCGGGCACGGCGACGAGGAAGACCACAAGGAGCCGCACCAAGUCGCGUCGCUCCGUGGUACCCGCAUCGUGCAGAUAGCCUGCGGCUUUGCGCACAUGGCCGCUCUCAGCGACAAGGGCGAGGUGUUCGUCUGCGGCACAGGCUGUGGCCGGCUGGGCUUGGACGGGGAGCAGGGCAAGUCCAACCCCGAACACACCGAGGUCGCCAACCAGAAGAUACCACGCCGAGUCGAACCCCUGCGCGGGCUGCAGAUACUGCAAGUGGCCUGCGGCAUGAUAUCCACCAUCGUGCUACAAAACACGCAAGACGAGCAACAGAGCCUCUCCACGCUCCGAGGCAACUACAACAUUUGGCGCGAGGUCUUGCCCGAGUUCGGGAGCGACAAGCUCGAGACCUACGUCAAUUCGGCGUGCGCGCGAACGGUCCACAAGGAUCGGUCCCUCCUGAAGUCCGCGCCGGCCACGCCGGCCGACACUCGAGCCCAGCAGCCGGUGAGCUCGGACUGCUUCUGGAUGAAGUUGAUGGACCGACGCGCCAUCCUGGUGCUGACCGACGGUGACAGACAAGGGCUCGGCUCGGAGGGAGCCGCGAAGCCCGACCCCACCAAAGCAAGCAUCAACGCCAAGAAGGCCAGCGCCAUUUGUAUGUACCACCUCAACGAUCAACACAAAUACAUCACCUCACUCCGAGAGGCGGGACGGAGGGUGUGCACGACCUUCUCCACGUACCACGAAUCGGUGGAAGAGGAGAAUCUGGUGACCAUGGCCAUGGGCGUGCUGCUCGAGCUGCGCGCAGACGAGCGCGAGAAGACGCUGAUCAACAUGCUGGCCGACUACGAGUACCGCUACGACGACAGCAGCGACAUGCACUCGUCGUCCAACAACUCUGACGAUGACGACGAGAACGGCGACUCGGCACUCGAGCCGCCCUUCUACAGCUCCCUGUCGAGAAGCAAGGAGUCGAUCAAGCCCGCGCGCAGGCGGCCCUCCAUCGCCAUCCGCUCGCCGCUGUCGUUUUCCCUGUCUUCCCUGCCGACGCUGCAGCACCAGCAGCAGCUGAACCAGCACCAGCCGCAGCCGGGCACCAACGCAUCGCCGACAUUCCACUCGCCCUAUCUGUCGUACUCGAGCUUCAGCCCGGCUUCCUUCUUCGUUCCGCUCGCGCCGCGGCCGGCCUACGUUUCGAGCGCGGCCUACGCCCGGAACGGCAGCGCCAUCGGGCUGCCGGCGUCGCACAGGAAGCCGCUGCUGGCCGUGCGCACGUUCAACAUUCCGCAGCUGGUGUCGCACCUGGGCCUCAAGAACAUCUCGUCGCCGGUCGGCGACGAUGCCAAGAGGCCCGAAGCCUCCCUCUGCCUGCAGGACGAGCUCGAGACCGCCGAUGAUGAUAUGCGGUACGCAUUCGUCAUCGGUGUGGUGGGUAACGCCAAAGUGUACCAUUACAAGGCAAAGCGAAAGGAGUUCAAGGAUGUCACAUCUUCGCUGCGCCGACGAAGACAGCUCCAGAUGAAGAGCGACCAGGAGCAAGUGGGGACGAAGCAGGAGACGUUGUAUAAUAUCGACAUGUACUGGGUGGGCUGUGCCGAGGAGGACAUAAUCACACUCGUCUCUGAUGGGCUUCACCACAACUUGGGUACCAGCGGCGACCCCUCCGAAGCCGAUCCCGCAAACCUCGGCAUUCCGCCAAAUAAGCUCGAUCUCCUCGGCCGAACCUGGGAGGAAGCGACCAGCCUAAGCCAAGAAAUUGUGGACGAUACCAAGGACGCGUUCAAGGUGCAGUUCCUCAAGCUGAUCGUGGAGGGCGACGCCGAAAAGCGAGUCGAACCCACGCCCAAGCUCAUCUGCGAGCGUCUCACCGACGCCUGCCUCGAAAUUAACUCCAAGGAGAGGGGGCGUGCGGAUUUCUCAACAUGCAUCAGCUUCCGAGUGGGUGGCGUUGGCGAGCGCGCUGCUGCUGAAUUGUUCCAAGUCGGGCUGGACGACCCGAGCGCGUACAUCUUCUACGAAGAGGACUCGACGGACAACCUCAUCUUCAACACGCAAGGCAAGAUCAAGGGCGCCACCCUUGAAAAGCUGGUCGAGCGCGCCACCUACGAAAAGGGCUACGACCCGGACUUCGUCGCCGCCUUCUUGUUGACGUACCGCUCGUUCGCGAUGCCGCAAGAGCUGCUGGACCUGCUCAUCCUGCGGUACAACAUGCCCUACACUCGCGGUGUCGACAUCGAGGAAUUCAAGCGGAACAAGCUCGACCCCAUUCGCCUGCGCGUUGUCAACCUGCUCAAGACGUGGUUGAGUAACUAUUGGUACGACUUCGUGGGCAACGAGAAGCUCGUCAAGACCGUUCUCGAGUUCAUCGACAAAACGAUGCGCGUCACGGGCAUGGACAAGGCCGGCGAGCAGCUCGUGCGGCUCAUCAACAAGAAGUUGUCGGAGAAGGGCAGCGAAUCGAAGAAGAUUCAGUUCAGCAACCGCUGCUGCCUCUCAUCAGCCCGAGCCUCGCGCCAGCCAGGGCUCUUGGCCUUCGACCCCAUGGAGAUCGCACGACAGCUCACGCUGAUCGAAUGGGAUCUGUGGAAGAAGAUCAUGCCGUGGGAGUGCCUCAACCAGGCCUGGGCCAAGGCCGGACGUGACGAAAAGGCACCGAACAUCAUGGCCAUGAUCCAACGCUUCAACGUGGUCUCUCGGUGGGUUGCCACGGAGAUCGUGCAGGUGGAGGACAUCACGCUGCGUGCCUCUGUCCUCAACCACUUCCUCGAAGUCAUGAACCGAUGCAUGGAGCUCAACAACUUCAACUGUUGCAUGGAGAUCAUAUCUGGCCUGCAGUCCUCCUCGGUCUACCGCCUCAGACAGACGUGGGCGCUCAUCGACAGCAAGCAGCGACGGAAGUACGAGGAGACGCAGCUCGUGAUGGCACGGGAGAAGAACUUCCAAAACUUCCGCGCUCACCUUCACCAGGUGGACCCCCCGUGCAUUCCCUAUCUGGGCGUCUACCUGACCGAUCUCACCUUCAUCGAGGACGGCAACAAGGACUUCGUCAAGGCCGGGUUGAUCAAUUUCCACAAGCGGGCGCUGAUCUCGCAGGUCAUUCGCGAGAUCCAGCAGUACCAGCAGACCCUGUACUGCCUCGAGGCCGUGCCCUUCAUCCAGGAGUGGCUCAUCAACGCCGAGUACCUGAGCGAGGACGAGUGCUACCGCGAGUCGCUCAAGAUCGAAACCAAACAGAACCGCCAGCGCGCGCCCUCAGACAGCCUGGUUGCGACCAACCCCAGCUCACCUGCGAAGCCGCGUUCGGCAUCGGCCCUGCCGCCCAAGUCGCGCAUCGGAGCGGAACGCCUCUCCCAGAAAGACGACUCCGACGCGUCCAAGGCAGCGGCAGCGACAGACGAUGACGGCAGCGCCCAGGACAAGCCGGCGAUGCCGGGCAUCGUGCCGGUGAUUCUCGCUGAGGGCGCCGAGCAAGAGGCCGUCGGCGGCAGCAACAACAACAAUGGCAAGUCGUCGGGCGACGGCGGUGCGCGAGCGACACCUGUCCGAACUAAGCACCAGAAAGACUCCGAGCGCAGCCAACGGGCCACGCCCGCCAGCGGCAUCGCGCGCAAGGGAGAGCCCGCUCUCGGCGACGAGGAGGAGUUUGGCGAGCUCGUGAUUCCUCCCGGCUACCCCUUCGUCGAGCCCGAUUCCAGCCAAAAUCUGGUAUUCGAUAUCGACGAGUCGUCCAUCAUCGAUGGCUCGUCGCUGCCCCAGAUCAGGGCGGCCACGUUGGCCAAGCUCGUGGAGCGCAUCACUCACGAGAAGCGCAUCAACGAAGCCGCCCUCCAGGCCUUCAUGCUCACCUACAAGUCGUUCACCACGGACCAGCAGCUGCUGAACCUGCUGCGGGCACGCUACGCUGUGCCCAGGCCCAAGAACGACUCACCGCAGCUUCUCCAGAAGUUCAUCGCCGCCAAGGAGGGACCCAUCCGCCAGAGGAUCUACACGGUGCUGAAGCAGUGGCUGGAGAAGUACUGGCAGGAUGCCGCGCCCAACAAGGAGCUGGUGGCGUCGCUGCGCCAGUUCCUGCAGGACAAGAUGAUCCCCGACGGCCUCGUCGCUGAGGCGCGUCUUCUGAACGAGCUCCUCGACAAGCAGAUCAAAGGAGCGGGCAAGCGAAAGAAGCGCUCCAACUCCUUCCUGGAAAAGGCUCCGCCGCCGCACCUCCCGCGCGUGUUCUCCGACAACCUCUCAUUCCUCGACUUCCAUCCCGAGGAGAUGGCGCGCCAGCUGUCGUUGGGCGAGGAGAAGCUCUUCCAGCAGGUGAACCACUUGGAAUUCCUCAACAAGGCCUGGCUCGCGCAAAACCCCGAGGCGGGUGCCCCCGCCCUCUCUGCGCUCCGCAAUCGGUUCGACCGGGUGCGCAAUUGGGUGGCGACUGAGAUCCUCAAGGGCGUCAACGACGAUGUGCGCGCCCAGGUCAUCUUCAACUUCAUCCAAAUCGCCGAGCAUUGCCUGCAAAUGAACAACCUCAACACCAUGGUGGAGAUCGUGUCCGGCCUCCGCUUCCUCCCCAUCGCCCAACUGAAGCACGUGUGGGAUGAGGUGCCGUCGAAGCACAUGCUGCGGCUGUCCAAGCUGUCCAAGCUGCUCGGGGGCAACUACGAGCAGAUCCAGGCGCGGCUGCGGGAUGUCGAGCCCCCGUGCAUCCCCUUUGUCGGCGCCUACCUCCACGAGGUGGCCUACAUCUGGGACUCCUACCCGGCCUUCGUCACCACCGAAAUCGAUCCGACCCACAAGAAGAAGGGCCAGGGGUCGACCAUCUCCGGACACUCGCUCGCGGUCGACGAGUGGCGCGCGUCGGUGGCCUUUUCCAUCUCGCCGCUCCUGAGCUACUCGUCGGACGUCGUGCCCGGCGGCGCCACCGCGCCGGCGGCUGCAACUGCGGCGGCGGCGGCGGACACGAAGCCUCCUGCCCUAGGCACGCGGCCGCGCCAGGCGUCGCAGGUGGGCAUGAAGGGCAAGGACGACAUAAUCACCGCCAACCUCAACAACCCGUCGACGCCGCCCGUGGCGACCCAAAGAGAAGGAGGACGAGAAGAAGAAGAGAAGGAGAAGGAGAAGGAGGAGAAGAAGGAGAAGAGGGCCAGCACCAAGUCGAAGCGCUCGUCGGCGACUUUCUCGGCGGCCUCCAUCAUCACAUCCAAGGACAAGCAGGAGAAGGAGAAGGAGAAGGCGGCGGCUGCGGCGGCGGCCGCAUCGGCCGCUGCUGCUGCCCAGCCCGCGGUGUCGGCACCUGUUCCAGCGGCAGCGGCAGUGGCUGCGGCGACGGAUAUGAGCGGGCUGCCGGCGACGACGACGCUGAUCAACUUUGAGAAGUACUCGCUGGUGGCGGCCAAGGUCACGGAGCUCCUGGCGUGCCAGUCGUCGUCGUACUGCUUCGAGGAGGUCGAAUUCAUCCAGCGCUGGCUCGGCAAGGUGCUCGGCGAGUGCCUCGACGAGGAGACCAUCAGCGCCACCGCCAAGACCCUCAACGACAAGCGAAGCCUCUCCAAGAAGAUCGCCUCGGUAAGCGUGCAAAAGGAGAGCCGACGAGGAUGA